GGCGGGGCGGGACGGCGCUUCCGCUUCCGGUGGUGGCCCGCGGCCGCUUUGAAUCGCGGCGGGGCGGCGCGCGGUGUAGCGAGGCCUGUUGCUGCGCGUUUUAAGACAAGGAAAGCACAUAGGGCUGUUUUUCGGCAGCUUAAUAUUCAACUGUAAGUUUAGCGGCUUAGUAAGAUGUCCUCUAAGAAGAGAACGAAGAGAAAUCGUGCUGGAGGUCAACUGAAGGAACACAAAGGCAGCUCCUGUCCUCGCCGGAAAUUUCUUCCACCUGAGGAACCUGAUGUCUCAAGGAUAUUGAAGGUAGCAGGUGUAAACCAACUCGAGGAGCUUUAUGAUUCAUUUGAUCAGCCUUUGCACAGUACUGCUGUGGAUGCUUAUGGAGAGGAACACUCAGAAAGUGAAUCAGCUAGUCAUGCUCCAUCUCCACAAAGGACAAAUGCAGAAAGAAGUAAAAAGAUGCACUUGAAAACAUCUGAAGGCAGUGUUCACCAGUUCAGCCUAAGUGGUCCUGCAGAUGAGCCCCUUAUGGAGAAUCUGAAUGCUCCGAAUACUACUCAGUUUGAGGUGAAAAAGAAGGGGCCUUCAAAGAAGAGCACACCAGAUCCUUCUGUUUCAGUUAACAGCCCAUCUUCUGUACAACUUUGGUGUCCCAACGAGCUGAAAAGAUCACCCAGAGAUAUCACAGAACUGGAUGUUGUUCUGGCUGAAUUUGAAAAGAUAGCAGCAAACUACAGACAAAGCAUAGAAUCAAAGACUUGCAGAAAAGCUAUUGAUGCCUUCUGUUCUGCUUUCAAGGACCAAGUCACUGAUCUUAUAACAGAAGUCCAGGAAUUAAAGAAUAUGAAGAAGAAAAAUGCUAAGGUAGUGGCAGACAUCAGCAAGAAAAGGCAGCGACUGAUGCAAGUCAGAGAAAAGCUAAGUAGAACUGAACCACAACAGUUGAAACUACAAAAAGAAUAUGCUGAGGUGGAGGAGAGGAAAUCUUCCUUGAGGCAAGUAGUCCAAUUCCUUACUGAUUUAAAGGAUCUACAGCAUGACUACUUGGAUUACAGAGAAGAAAACCCAAGAAAGAAAGUGGUAUAUGGAACUUCCAGCCUACCUGCUCUUCUGGUGGAAUCACGGAGAAUUCUAGGAGCAGAAGGACACUUUCAAAAUGUUAAUAGGAAACUGGAAUAUGCCCUGGAGGUACAAAGAGAGAAGUUACUGAAGGAACAUUAA